AUGAACUUUUUGAAAAGGUUUCUAAGGGCGUCACCGACGGACGAGUUGGCACUGAUACCAUUAGGAAAACUAUUCCUCUCACGUUCUCCUCUACUGCCUAAAGGCGAAUUGGAAUGUUUAUACAAUGACGCUUGCAUUAGUAUCAAGGAAACGACAACCAAAUAUUUGUUUCAGCUAACAGUGGUCAGAGCAUACCAGGAAGGGGAAUCAAUAUCACAGUCUUCAGAUGAUUAUAGUGAUGAAGACGACGGGAAUGAAGGACUAUCAGAAGAAUUCAGAAGCAAAGAUGAAAAACUGUUUUAUCUAACACAAGAUUUGAAUGCACGGAUGUACACAAAGCAUGACGGCACGAGGGUGAUUUCUUGGAAGGAUCUACAUGGUGAUUUGGGGGACAAAUUUGAAUUCUUUAUUGAUGAGGAUAUCAGGGCAUCUGAUGUCGAUCACUUUUUGUUCACGUUGUUUCGAUGCAUGUAUGAACAGAAAUACCAAAAAUCUUCGGAUGAGAUUCGAAGUAUAAAUGAGCUCUCGGAGUUCUUCUAUGAUUCUAAGAAGGAUUUUGACGAGAGGGCUUCAAGCUUCACCUCAUGGGACAACUUCAGGUCGUCAUUGGAGAUGUAUAAUCGUGGGUCCAGAGAGGUUCAUGAUGAAGAUGACGAAGAGGAGGAAGAAGACGAAGAGGAUGGAGACGAUGAUAAUAAUGAUAACGACGACGAUGAAGAGGAAGCUAUUGCAGGUGGAAUAGCCGAUGAGGAAGAUAAUGAUGAGGGUGUGGUAGAGGAUAAUGAAGAAGAAUAUUAUGACGCCCUCGAUACGCGAGGCUAA